CCUGUGUAUUUCAUUUCUCUACGAUAUCCGUACGUUAGAGAACUUUGGAGCGAUCAGCUUGUCACGGCUCGCCAAGAUCUGGGGAGCACAAAACUGCCGAGGCAUGUGAUGCCGAGGGACAUCGACUCUAGUAAUAGGCCUACAGCUGCUGAUGCAGCAGUUCCCUUUCUCUUUAUUAACGAACUAGACAUCACGAAUCAGAGAACAUGCAUAUCAAAGAUAGAACCUUUGUCAUCUCUGGUGGAUCAUCAGGACUGGGCCUUGCGACAGCCAGAAGCUUACACGAGAAAGGAGGUUACAUCGCUAUCCUCGAUCUUAACGCCGAUUCUGGGGCUGCGGCCGUCCAGGAGCUUGGUUCUGACAGAUCCCAAUUCUUCGAGGCCGACGUUAGUGACACGGAGAGUAUUGAGAAGGCGGUAGAUGGAGUUUCGCAAUGGAUCGCGAAAACUUCCAAGCCCAUAGGUGCUGUCAUCAGUGCCGCUGGUGUAGGCAACCCUGGCAAGAUGAUUGAUCGCAACAACGAGCCGCUUUCCUUGUCGUCUAUUGACUUUGUGCUGAAUAUCAAUCUCCGGGGUACUCUGGACUUCGUUCGACAAUUGCUGCCUCUCAUGACCAAGAACCAGCCCACAGAGCCGGACAAAGAGCGAGGUUGUGUCAUCCUGGUCAGCUCUUCAGCUGCAUACGAUGGACAACCCGGACAGGUCUCUUACGCUGCAUCCAAGGGGGCAGUGCGAUCAAUGACACUUCCUAUGGCUCGUGAUCUCGCACAAUUCGGGAUUCGUGUCGUGACAAUUGCACCUUCGUUAUUCGAGUCCAAUAUGACGGCCAUGAUGAGCGACAAGGUGCGCAAAUCGCUCGAACGUGUGAUGGAGUUCCCGAAGAGAGCGGGCAAGGGUGAGGAAUUUGCCGAGCUGACGAGACAUGCGAUUGAAAAUGUCAUGUUGAACGGAGUCGCUCUACGACUGGACGGUGCCAUGCGGAUGCCUUCGAGGCUGUGACGAAUUUUUCAAUCCUGGAUCAACAUAGAAUCUAUCACAAUGCACAGUCCUGACACCAAAAAGUGGAGGAGAUCUGAGACGUCUUUCGCAAUUGCAAUUUGAGAGUCUCUGCUUCCAGUCCCAAGCCUAGCUGUGUGCAGAACUCUGUCACCUUCGUCAUCCUCUUGCAGUCGCUCUUUAAGGACUCGAAGCUUGCGGUGAUGCACGAUUUGUUUCAAACAAAAUGGUUUCCAGUCAGAGCGUACUGAAUAGCCCAUCUCUGUGGAC